AAGUACUCCUUUUACAGUGAUUUCGAAGCUUUAGCGUUUAGGUAAUUUUGAGAUUUGAUUGUUUAAGUUAGCGAUUAGCCUUGCAUUUUUUAAUUGAUCAUUUCACUUUGAAGUUUUGAGCCUUUCAUUUUGAAAAAUGUGACUCUGCUGAAGCCUGAAACCCAUAACCUAAUUGUGUGAGCAACGGUGGCCACUGUCGAUCAAUCAAGACUCAUAAGCGAUAAUCAAAGAAGUUGUAUCUUUUACAAUGGAGCAGAUUGGAUCAGCAAAAAAAGCUAUCCGAAAUAAACAUCCAGUCUAUGAUGAGGAAGUUCUUCCUUACGACACCAAUUUUUUCAUGGAGCCCCCUUAUGAAGCUAUCACUACUCUUCAGGAUUUCGAGGAGUACGCUCAGGAACGACUGAAAGUUCUUCGUGCUGUUGAGAAUGUGGGCGUCAAAUGUCGGAAAUUUUCACAGCAGUACUAUGAGCAAAUAAACAACGAUCUUACAAAAGAAUUAAGAAACCGCUAUAUACGUAUGACUAACAAGGAUUCUGUGGAAAUCGUUCUUCAGGAGAGGCAGCGAGAUGCGUUAUCUCACUUCAUUUUGCAGAUGGUUUUCAGCAGAAACGAGGACCAGCGGCGUUGGUUUAUACAGCAGGAGAGCGAGCUGUUUCGAUUGCGGUUGGGCUUGGAAACUGCACCAGCUCUGAGUCGAUUUAUUAGUGACAAUGCACUGGGAUACACCGCCCUACCGGACGAAGAGUGGAAAAACCUGCGAGAUAUAUUGCAGGGUUCCACUUUCAAUGGACAGACUGAGUCGGAAUUCUACAAGAUGGAUUGGGUGGAAAGUCUGAAUCAAGUCAGACAACGUCAUGUCUUCGUAAAUCAGGGAUAUGCGUAUGUUCCGCGUAAACACUUGGUUGAUGUUAUUGCGGCUCGAUUUCGGGAGCACUUGUCACACCAAAUGGCCAAAUUGGUGCGCAUUAUGACGGAAACGCAGGAGAACACGCGGUUGUUUCCGCUUUUUGCUAGACUGGUGACCGGUUACUCGGGAAAAGAUUACAGUGUGAAUGAAACCGAUUUCGGCAUAAAUUUGGACAACUUGAACCAGUUGGCCGUGGAAUCAUUUCCCGUUUGUGCGCGCCAUAUGCACGAAAAUUUCCGGCGCGAUCAUCAUUUGAGACACUGGGCGCGCCUUCAGUACUGGCUGUUUUUGAAAGGUAUCGGCCUUCCAAUGGAUGACACCAUCAAGUUGACCCGACUGGAGUUUUCUCGGCAUGGUUUGAAUGAAAGUCAGUUGAAGAACAUGGAUUAUGGUGUGCGCCAUUCGUAUGGGCGAGAAGGCCGCCGUGCGAAUUACAACCCUCCAUCGUGCAUGAAGAUUAUUACGCAGAAUCCUCCAGGUCAGGGCGAGCAUCAUGGCUGUCCUUUCAAGCAUUUUAGUGAAGGGAUGCUCCGGCAAAAGUUGACGACGUACGGUAUGAACAGUGACGAAGCGAAGCAGAUAAUGGACCUGAAAGUGCAGAACCAUUACCAACAUGCGUGUACCCGCUAUUUUGAAUUGUUUCAUGCCAAACACGAUAAGCCGGUCUUGGGUAUGCCGACCAUUGAACAUCCGAAUCAGUAUUUCGAAGAGAGCCGGCGACUCUUGCAUCCGGAAAGUGUAAAAGACAAACCACCGGUUUUUUCCCGCCGUUCAUCCGCGCCAGAUGCAGAUGGGAAUUUUUCCAUGACUCUUGCCCGGGAAAAUUUUAAUGAUUGUGAGAUGUCGGAAAUGGAUAUCCCUAUCGAUGAUGACUUAAUGCGAUCCUAUGAAACCGUUAUGGAAAAAGAAAGCGCAUCGCAGUGAAACUGACGGAUGCCUUUGCAUCGUAUUUUGUAAUUGUAAAUAUUGUCUUUUUUAAUUAACACAUUUUUAUUGAUCCCAUCAGCCUCCCUAGAUUGUUUUCACAAGAAGCAUCGUAAACCGCUAACGAGCACUACUCGUACUCCAGUACUGCUCCAGUAGUACAGAGUACUCGUAGUGUUAAACUGUUUCUACACGUUUUGCGAACUCCGAAUUGCGAGUAAAUUGCAGACGAUUCUACACAAAGAUGUCAAUGUUGAAUUACUAACGACGCUGCUUU